CCACUCUCAGCACCCCGCGCCCGCGGCCCCCUCCAUCCUCCUGCCUUUCCACCAUUGAUAUCACUACUGCCCUCCUCAUUCAGAUUCAGUCAUUCAGCCACAUUCUCACCCACCACUAUCCUCUCGUCUCUCGCUGGCCACGUCUCUGUCCAUCAUGGCCGGCACCGCCGCCGCCACAACCACGGUCUGCUCCAUGUGCGGCGACGUCGGCUUCCCCGAGAAGCUCUUUCGGUGCGCGCGCUGCCGCCACCGCUUCCAGCACUCGUACUGCACCAACUACUACGGCGACAGCGCACCCGCCUCGGCCGACUCCGACAUGUGCGACUGGUGCCUCAGCGUCGUGGCCGGUAAGGCGAGGUCUCCCGCCGGGAAGCAGAACGCCACCGGGAGCCAGGAGUCGUCCACCACCACGGGCUCCGGAGGCAGCGGCAGGGGCGCCGCCGGCAAGGCCGAGGCUGGGCGGCGAGCGACCACCAGGCCGGCCGGCCGCAGGUACAAGCUGCUCAAGGACGUCUAGCUAGUGUGAUGAGUAGUUGGCUAGAUACAGCUAGGUCAUGGGCAUGCAUGGGCCUCACGAUCUUGGUGAAGAUCCUAGCUAAAAGAUCAAGUUCACGCGGACCCAGUAGCUUAGUACCAAGUACGACUAACUACUAGUUAUAUGACGUGUGCUAGUAACCUGAUGUGUGUAUAUAGGUGUUUUUUUUUGUAUAUUGUAUUGCAUGUUUGAUUGUGUGUACGUGUUAGGAGAGAGACGUCUGUUAGCCUGUUUGUUAUCUAUAUUAUAUAUGCAUAUAUGGAACUUGUUUGGGUUGCUCU